AGCCGGCCAAGCAGAUCCUGCAGCACCUGGGUGCGCAAGGCCUCAAGCACGCGGGCAGCGAUGGGGCUCUGCUGGCAAUGGGGGAGCCCCCCCAGCACCCCCGGGCCUGGGCAGCGCCUGAGGGGCUGGUGGAGGAGGAAGAGGAGCAGGAGGAAGAGGAGGACGUGGGCAGGGACGGUCCCGAGGAGCUGCCUGGGGCCCAGGAGCUGCUGGGGGAGCCCCAUGAGGAGCAGGCCGGGGAGCACCCACCGGUACCGGAGCCACCCAAGCGCCCCAGCAGCUGGGGCCCGGGGAGCCGCGAGAAGGCCGGCAGCGCCGGGGAGCCCCCCCACCCCGAGGUGUCGGGGGCACCCAAAGCCCCAUCCUCGAUGGGGACCCCGGCGCCGCCGCGGGGUGCAGAGGAUUUGCAGGUGCUGAGCAGCGAGGAAGAGGAGGAGGAGGAAGAGGAGGAGGAGGAUGGGGGCCCGGGCAGCAUCCUGCCGCCCUCGGUGCUGGACCAGGCCAGCAUCAUCGCCGAGCGCUUCGGAGGCGGAGGGAGCCUGUCCCGGCGGAGCAGCGUGGCCAUGGAGGGGCCGUUGGCGCGGCCGGGCAGCCCCGGCGGCAGCGGCCUCGGCCCGGAUGGAUGCGGACCCCCCCCCAUUGAAAGCGGGGAGCCCGGGGGGGGCUCCCCCAGGGCCGUGCCUUCCCCAGAGCCCUUGCCCGGAGCCCGCCGGGCCUCGCUGCUCUCCAACCGGGACCGUUUGCUCCUGGAUAAGAUCCGCGCUUACUACGGCAGCGCCGAGCACCGCGACGGCGGCGGCUUCAGCGUCCGGCGCAGGGAGAGCCUGUCCUUCAUCCCCAAGGGGCUGGUGAGGAGCUCCGUGUCCCGCUUCAACAGCCUCCCGCUGCCCCCCGGCAGCCCGGAGCCCCCCAAGCAUCCGGUGCCGCUGUGGGCCGUGGUGGGCCCGGGGGAGCUGUGCCACGAGAAUGGGGUCCAGAGCCCCAGGACUGGGAGGCAGAGCCCUGAAAAUAGGGUGCAGAGCCCUGAGAAUGGGAUCCAGACCCCUGAGAACAGGAUCCAGAGCCCUGAGCAUGGGAUCCAGACCCCCAGGAAUGGGAUCCAGACCCCUGAGAACAGGAUCCAGAGCCCUGAGCAUGGGGUCCAGACCCCCAGGAAUGGGAUCCAGACCCCUGAGAACAGGAUCCAGAGCCCUGAGCAUGGGGUCCAGAGCCCCAGGAAUGGGAUCCAGACCCCUGAGAACAGGAUCCAGACCCCGGAGCCGCUCCUCAUCCUGGAGGACGAUGACUUGGCCCCGGGGGCUGUGCCCCCCGCCCGGCCGGCCGGCACCAGGGUGUACCGGCUGGCUCGGCAGUACAGCCUCCGCAUCAAGAGCCGCCGCUGCGGGCCCCACCGCUCCCCGCUGCCCCCGUCCCCGGACGGCGCCGGCUCCUCCGAGCCUUUCCCUUGGCCGGACGUGCGGGAGCUCCGCGCCCGCUUCGGUGCCGCUCGGCCGCCGCCCGUAACCCGGAGCCGCUCCGCACCGGAGGGGCCGGACCGGGCCGGGCGCCCGGCAGCGAAGGAGCGCGGAGGCGGCGGCCGCAGCCGCAGCGCCGAAGCCGGGGAGGGACCCAGCGCCCACGGCGGCCGUGGGGCCCUGUGGGUGGCGGCGGAGGCGGCGCUCGGGGCCGGGCAGCGGGUGCUGGUGCUGGAGAAGGGGCCGGCGCCCCACGCCGAGCCCCACAGCUACGUGCAGAUCCGGUCCCCCACCACCAGGGAGAAGAUCUGCCUGAAGGCCGUGGUGGAGCGGUGUAAAGCGUACCAGGGCUCCCAGGAGUACCGGCGGCGCUGCGCUGAGUCCCACGGACCCUCUGGAGUAUCUCAGCCCCAUGGAGCAUCACAGCCCCCCGGUGCCCCGCAGCCCCCCAGGCAUGGCCUUGUCAGGGACCUAAGGCAGAAGUUUCAGAGCCUCGACGCCGCCAGCUAAGGGGAGGA